ACGAGACUCCAGCUGGAAGUACUGAUCGGACGUGCUUGUACAAUCUGCGAACGUCUGCAAAACAAUGGAAAAAGAUGUGGAGCAGCGAAUGCAGUCUGUGUCAAUUACAGUCGCCCGUGCCACUAACCUGAAUAUGGUGAAGUGUAAAAGCUUCCAAGCUUUUCUGCAAGUAAUGAAAGACUCUUCACUGCAAGGGGAAUCAGACACAAUACCGGUGAAUGUUGAAGAUGGCGUGAUUGUCUUUGACUUCACCUGCAGCUUCUUCAUCGGGGAUGCUCAAGCUCUCAGUGACAUCGCCCAAAGACCUGUCACAGUUUUGUUGAAAGAGUCUCUGCCCAAUGACAAGAAAGUAGACCCAGAGACUUUGGUUCUUGGACAAGCAGUCAUUGAUCUCCUGCCAUUGCUGCGAGGCCAGUGUAAGUUCUCCUCCUCAGUCCCUCUAUAUCCGUUAAAUGUCACGGCAUCUAUGGGCUCAAACCAAGAUUCCAACUACAAGCAGCCAAUGUUGGACGUGUGUGUCAGUAUGCCAGAGACGUUACUUGCAGAAUUAGAUUUGGAAAGAUCUAAUCUGCUGCGGGUCACAGUGGAGACUGCCUACUCCCUCCCUGGGAAUUGGACCUUGCCUUCAGGUUCUGACACUUCUCCUCGGGUCUACACUGCUGCAGUUGAAAUCCCACUGACUGCUGGGAAAGAUCAAGUGCUGGUGUUCAGUGAUGGGAAGCAGAAGGCAGGAGGGCAGAAGGAAGCAGAGGGUCGGCAGAAGAAGAGGCCUUGUCAAGACCAGCUGGUUCCUGGGAACCGCUUCCUGCCCAACACUGUCAUACAGACGGAUGCCGUUGACCAUGAGGACGUCGAGCUGGCUUCUUUGGAGGCCCAAGAAUUUCGUCGUGAAGCAGAGCUGAUGAAGGAUCGAGUGUGCUGGGACACGGAAAUAACAUGCUUCGUGGAUGAAGAGGGAACAUCGAGACUGUGUCAGAAGAUCACUGAGCAGAGACUCUGGCCACUUGAGAUCAUGAGGUCCUUGUUUCCACUUGACAAAACAACCGAACCAUCUAAACAGUGUGCUGAGGAAGACAUUCAGAUUCCCUCCCACGGAGUUGCAUUCAUGGACUGGGGUAGACUCUUGUAUCCUGGAGUAAAAGCCAUCAGAGGAUUAUACAGUGUUCAUUCCUUCUCUAAGACUGAACUUUUAAACAAGACCCAGAGGCGGGUCAGUGUACUUCAUGAGCUGGUCAAAGGUUUAGCAGCAGUACCCAUGAAUGGAAGCAACAGAGAAGUCAGGAGGUCAGCUGACAGGAAAGAAAAACAGAGCCGAAUUGCAACAUCUGACGGUGGAAGUCAGAAUAUGUAUGAUGGAUCUGGAACAUACAUAAUUGUGGAGGUCGCACUGGAGAAGCCUCUCAUACCCAAACUGUCCCCAGAGGAGCUGAUGAGACGGGUGCAGAUCCUAAUCCCUCCUACAUCUCCUAGUCCAUCCCGAACAACCAGCGCUCAGAGAGCAGUCCAGGAUUUCCACCAACAGGUUAGAAAUGUGGUCUCACAGGUUUCGGACCUGUAUUUGGAGCUGUUUGGAGUUCAAGGUCCGCAAGCCAAACAAUGCAGUCGAAAGCAAGUGACAGCCGAUCUCAUGGGCGCUCUCAAUAUCUCUGGAAGAUAUUUUGCCUUCAAGGAGCAGCUGAAGCAUGCAGUGGUGAGAAUAGUUCGUGACAAGAUGCAAAAGGCUCAGCCGUUCACUGAAACUGAACACCUCCAGGCGUUUAUUCGGGAGCUCUAUGUUUACCUGAAGAAUGAGAUGCACAUUUCUCUCACAAAGAUCUAUUGUGGGGAGCUCGACGAAGGUUCUAAUUAUGAGAGCCACUUGAGUUCAGCUCAGCUCAGACACUUUGCCAGAGAAGCUGAACUAACAGGAGAGUAUCAGUUGGCUGCUCGCUAUUGCAAGGAGCUCUUGGUGCGGCAUCCUUCUGAGCCAGAGCACAGGUUUUCCUGGGGGAGACUACACAUGCUGACAGGAGACCAUAUGAAGGCUAAGGAGUGUUUCUAUGCUGCUGUUUCCAUCGAGCAGUCGCACCAGCCCAGUCUGAUGAUGUGUGGGAUUCUGGCAGCCAUCUUUAAUCAGUUUGAGGAGGCUGAACUGUUUCUAGAGACGGCAACCACCGUUCAACGUCCCACUGUGGCUGCCUGGACCAUGCUGGGAUUAUUUCUGGAGACUCAAAAUAAACACUUCCAGGCUGAAGCAGCAUUUUUAGAAGCCAAAAAGCUACUGACAACAGGUGAAGUAGAAGACACUGGUAAAGAGGAGAAUGGGAACAGUGAUGGAGAAGAGAUGAAAAAGGAAAAUGAGGCAACAGCCAUUCAUCAGUCGCCCUACAUUCAGGAAGAUGCUGAAAAUCCAGACACAGCUGUCAGCCCUCCAACGCACUGUGAAUGUCCCCCAACAAUCUACACUGAGACGCUUCAGUUCCUGCUGCAGAACAAUGCCCAGCAGAUGGCAGAUGUGGCUUUGUCCAAACAACUUCUGCAUCCUCAAGGAGGACGGAGUGUUUCUUACCUCAAACAUCUGGCUCAUCUGCAGUUACUGCGAGAGGACUACUGCAGUGCCAGCAACACCCUCAGAGAGGCGCUAUUGUACAUCAACCAGCAAGACCCUGAUAUGUGGGCUCUCAAUGGCCACUGCCACGUCCUGCGUGGGCUGUUUCCAGAUGCCCUUAAAAGCUAUGAGCAAAGCCUGAAAUUCUCCAGGUCACCGUCUGACUGCCACCUUCUUCUCCUACGUUUGGGUUCCAUUUACAUCCACCUGGGAAAGUUCGCUCGAGCCAAAGUCAUGUACCUGCAGGCGUGUGAAGCCUCUCCUUCCUGCCUUACCUGGUUGGGCCUAGGUGUUGCUUGUUACCGGCUUAAAGAACUGAACAAGGCUGAGGAAGCUUUAAUAAGGGCAAACCACUUAAACACUCAAAAUGCAGAGGUCUGGGCUUAUCUUUCUCUGACCUACCUGAGGAUGGGCAAACGUGCUGAAGCAGAGAUGUUUUUCAAGUAUGCAAUGAAGUUCAACCUGCAAAAGACAGACCUGAUAAUGGAAUUUCAAGAUCUGAGACGACGAAGAUAAUCCAUUCAUAUGGCAACAUUGCUGAAUAGUAACAUUCCCCUUCAUUUGUACCGUGGUUAACUGUGAGAUUAUAUUAUUUUG